AUGGAUAAGCAGACAAAGAAAUUGCUCACCGCGGAAGAAGAUGACGUCAAGUGUACGGAUAGCGAAGGAACCAGCGGAAUAUGCGUUCCUCCGGUUGCUUGCAUAAAAACCCUGUCCGUGCUUGAAGUGGAAAAGGUCUCGCCAAGCACUUGCUCCAUGGCCUCCGGAGAAGAAGGCAUCUGUUGCACCCAGAGGAAAACAGGACCUACUGCAUACGAGGCUUUAAAAAUGGACAUCCUACCGAAUGCUGAAGACACGCGGUUCCAAAACGUAGCCGACGAGGAGCUCCAAGAAGCUUGGGAAUACGGUGUGAAAUCCGUCGAUGACCGGUUUAAAGAAGAGAGGAAAAUGAUCGACCAAGGAAUCAUUCAACUGGUAGACAAAGAAUCGCCAGCCCACGCUCACCACGCUUUCAUGCGAACCCGAGGAGCGGAAAUCGCACACCUGGAAAAGGAAGGACUCGUGUCAGCAGAGGCAACUCGAUAUCUUCUGAGAAAGAUGGAGGAAGGAUCCUUGCAGAUGAAAGAUCCAGAGAAUUCCACGUCCCUCGAUGGACCUCAAACGUUUCAAAGCUCUUACUGUUCCUCAUCAGUGGUCUCGUCAAGAUUCAGAACGCCUGACGGCAGCUGCAACAACGUCAAUCGCUGGGAAUGGGGAAAAGCGAGAACAGGCGCUGGUCGCCUAUUGACACCCACUUACCGAGAUGGUAUUUCUACACCGCGCACUUUGGGCAUUUAUGGAAGAAAUCUCGCAUCCGCAAGAAAAAUAAGCACCUUCACGAUCUUCACCUACGAAUGGUAUCAAGAUCCCGUCUCAAACCUCUACCUGAUGCAAUUCGGUCAGUUCCUGGACCACGACUUGACGAAAACUGCCCUGACCAACACAGCAUCUGCGUACGCAUCUUCGAUCGCAUGUUGCUCAUCCGACGGGAACAUCACUGUUCCUUCUCCGCAUCAGGCUUGCUUCCCAAUUGAGAUUCCGGGUGACGACGGCUUUUACUACACUCACAAACAGAAAUGCAUGGAAUUCGUGCGAUCUGCGUUUGCUUCCAGACAAAGCAGCGACCCUUCGUGGUCAAAUCAGAUGAAUAUUCUCACAUCAUGGGUGGAUGGCUCCAACAUUUACGGAUCUGAUUGGUGGGAAACGUACAAUUUGAGAACAUGUUAUCAUGGAAAAUUGAAAACCACGGAAAAUUGCGGGCGAUCACAAUUGCCAAGAGCGUCCAGCGUCUCCGGCGAAUGCACGUCGAAAACCUUCACCAACAAAGUCGCGUGCUUCACAGCAGGAGACGACCGAGUGAACGAGCAACCGGGACUCACUUUGAUGCACACGAUCUGGCUCCGGGAGCACAACCGCAUCGCUGAGGACCUGAUGAGCAGGAAUCCGAGUUGGUACGACGAACGGAUUUUCCAGGAAGCCAGAAGACUCGUCAUCGCAGAAAUGAACCACAUCGUCUACAACGAAUGGCUGCCACUCAUCGUCGGACCUCAGUUCAUGGAUGCCUAUGAUUUGUUCCCUACCAGACACGGAUACGUCGACAACUACAAUCCCAACAUCAACCCGUCCAUUUCGGUUGAAUUUUCCACCGCAGCGUUUCGUUUCGGACACACCUUGGUGCAUCAUACAGAGACAGCAAUUUCACGUACAGGCAAUUGGGAAAGCAUCCGACUGAAGGAGUUUUUCAACGACGUUUCUCUUUUCAAUCGCUCGGAUUUCGUAGAGAACUUCAUUCGAGGAUUCUCUCAAUUACCGAUGCAGCAGUUCGACAACAUCGUGGUCGAGGACCUGACGAACUUCCUCUUCAAGAAGGGCAACGCCUUCGGAAUGGACUUGAUUGCUCUGAAUAUCCAACGCGGUCGAGAUCACGGAAUCCCGACUUACAACCAAAUGCGCAAGGCUUGUGGUCUGAAAACCUUGGGCAGCUGGAAUGACAUCUACGAGACCAAUCUGAACUACUAUGCAUACCGGUUUCAAUACGUCUAUGAACACCCAGACGAUAUCGACCUCUUUGUCGGAGGUCUUUUCGAAACGUCAGUUCCUGGUGGGACAGUCGGUCACACUUUUGCUUGCAUAAUCUCGGACAUGUUUGCCAAGCUCAAGCGGGCCGACAGACAUUUCUACGAGCUUGGAAAUCAGGCUGGGUCUUUCAGCUUGCGUCAACUGAACGAGAUCAAGCGAAAAACGAGCUUUGCAAGAAUUCUAUGCGACAAUUCCGACAUCGGUGAAGUCGCACCGUUGGCGUUUAGGAUGGCCAACAAUCCUUGGAACCUGAAGACCCCAUGCUCCUCGUCCAAGAUCCCUAAAAUUGAUCUUGACUUCUGGAUUGGCUACUAGGGACCAAAUCCGGAAAUACACCACGGAAAGAAAAAUGCAGAGUUGUGCAAAUAUCACGAAUACGCCUGGAACAAUUCGAAGAUUGUUUCCAGUCCAAGUAUUGGAGAUUGAAAUGAAGUUCUCUGAAUACCUA